AAAAAACCUCUUCAUUUCCUCUAAAUAUAGCUAAGCUUAAUAACUGUUUUUUUUUCUCCACACAUUUUCUUUUUGUUUUUCUCUAUAGGCCGUGGUAGGUCAUUCUCCAUUUCUGAUUGGGUACAGCGAGUACGAUAGUCUGGGUGCAACCUAGACAGAUCAUCAGUUCAAUUUUAGGAGCUGUGAUGUUCCAGGAAGACACUGAAACUGCAGACUGCUGAGGCUCCGUUCAGUCAUUUUUGUAUUUAACUGCAAGCUUCUCUGAGAGCCUUGAGUGUGGCAGGACCUUGAGAGACACACACUGCUGCUUCCGCUCACAUUAUCCCUGGCAGACCACUAAUCUCCAAAAGAUUGAUGAGGUCCAGUCCUGGCCCAGGAGGCCUGGCACAGUGCUGAUAAGGCAACUUUUAUUACAACACAUUUUAUCCCUCACACCUUCAAUUCUUUUUACUGCCUGCUUUCAUACUGAGGAGGAGCAGAGCCGGAGUCACCGCACAAGGGAGAAUCAUGUCGCACCAUGCCCUCCAGCAAGAAGGGCAGUGUUGAAAACCGGAAACCAUGAAAUAUACAGCCAGUCUCCACUCCAACCCAGGCAGCUGUGUGGUCGCCCAGCAGGACACCAGUGUCGGCAUGUCAGUUCUAACCUGUCGUAUCUGGAAUAUAGUGAAAGAGCUACAGGAAGACGUGCAGAGCUGAGAGCAAACUGUGCAGCCGUCACAAACCUGAGUCUUUACGAACACAAAGUCAUACGCUGCUCAGUGUCCCGAGUGGGAACAUGUGCAACAUCUCUUUCUGUGAUGUGGACAGUAAGGUGGACCAGUUCUUCCAGCCCACACUCUACAUCAUAGUCAUAGUUCUGGGACUGCCCACCAACUGCAUGGCCCUGUGGGCCGCCUACAUGCAGGUUCGCCAACACAAUGAACUCGGUAUCUACCUGAUCAACUUGUCAGUGGCUGACCUCCUCUACAUCACCACUCUGCCUCUGUGGAUCGAUUACUUCCUGCAGCACGAUGACUGGAUUCAUGGACAGGAGAGCUGCAAGCUGUUUGGCUUCAUCUUCUACACGAACAUCUACGUCAGCAUCGCCUUCCUGUGUUGUAUUUCACUUGACAGGUAUCUGGCCGUGGCGUAUCCUAUGCGCUUCGCUAAGAUUCGACGAAUCAAGACAGCUCUGCUGGUCAGUGGAGUGGUGUGGAUCAUUGAGGUCAUCGCUAAUUCUGCUCCUCUGUUCCAUGACGAGCUGUUCCAGGACCGCUUCAACCACACAUUCUGCUUUGAGAAGUAUCCAAUGCAGGACUGGGUGGCAGGGAUGAACCUUUACCGGACAUUCCUGGGCUUCCUCGCUCCCUGGACUGCCAUGUUGGUUGCCUACCGUGGAAUCCUCUCGUCGAUACGCUGUAACGUCUCCACUGAACAACAGGAAAAAGCCAAAAUUCAACGCUUGGCUUUGAGUUUAAUCCUGAUUGUUUUGUUCUGCUUCGGACCGUACCACGUCCUUCUCCUGGUGCGGAGUGUGAUGUUCCUGAGGAAGCCGUGUGACUGUGGCUCCGAGGAGAGCUUGUUUGCAGCCUACCACGUGUCGUUGGCUCUCACCAGUCUCAACUGCGUGGCCGACCCCAUUCUGUACUGCUUUGUCAACGAGGGCGCGAGGAACGAUGUGGGCCGCGCUCUCUCUGCGUUACUGUCCGUGGCCUGCCACAAGGGCUCCUCCUCUUCGCCGCUGCACGCUGACAUACUGAAUGGCGGCUCGGUUACAAUGGAAACACCGCUGUCAACUAAGAAGCAGCCUUGCGUGUACGUUGAUGGAAGCAAGACAACCACCUACAAGACGGAGCUGGUGGCUCUGAAGGAGGAGUGUCUCCAGAUGACCAUCCUCAGUGUUAGGAAGUGACGCACACACACAAACACAGGUCCUACAUCUAAUCUCAUUGGCCGUGGCUAAUGUGCCAUGGUCGUAGAGGUGUGGUGUAAAAGCCCUGCCCAAUGGCACAGUGACAGGCCAGAAAUGUGAAGUGACUGAUGGAAGGAGUCUUCACUGAUUAUAAGGUUUGGUCUAAAUGUCAGGGGCGUUACAUCAGUGUGGUCAAUAACUGAUUUGGUUUCAUCUGAAAAUGAUUGACUUGAAGUUGUGCCAUAUUUCUGCAUCGUAACUCUACAUGCUAAUAAUGUCACAUGAACAAGAUUUCUUUGUUUUUUCACCCAGAGCAGCCAAACGAUUGGACCACUUGUUUUUUUCUUUUUGGUUGGCGAUGGUCCAGGAAAAGUGACACCAGAUUCCCAGACAGACUGGUCUCAGUGGACAAUAAAAGCCUGGACCGCAUUCUGAAACCAAUCCCCUAAGAAGAUCUUGACGUCGAUCAGUGUCAGAGCCGCACACCAUCAGACUAUGUUUUAUUAAACACACUGAAAGCUGGGAUAUUUGGGGUAUUUAUUGCUGUGCCAGGAACUUCUCUGGCCGAGGGGGAAACUGUUGGAUAUUUAAGUAUAGUUAUUUAAGCAGAUUUCUUUUUUUUUUGCGUUUUUUUAUGGGUAUUUUGAGAAGCCAUCUUUAGAUUUAUACGCGUUGGAGAACCGACUGCGCAAAGUGUAAAUGUUAAAAUCUUGAGUUGGACACCCAAUAGUGCCACCUAGGGCAGAAAUAAAAAAACGUAGAUGUUUAAUUUAAAGCUGGUACAGAGCAUCUGUAUUGUUGUUGAAAGCAUUGUAACCACUCAAAAAUGUUUUAAUGGGAGGAGUGAAGUCAUCAAGUACCUCAAAUGAUAAAUGUGACAAAAAAGGAAGUUGACAAUAAAAUACUGUUUCUUUAAAUGUGAGCCUUUUUAUUUCCUUCCGGAAACCCAGCUGUUGUGAUUUAACAUUAGUUUAUUUUACAACAACCGGGGAAUAAAAUUAACAUUAAUCCCAGCUGUGUGAAAGUUAUUGUU